UGGAAAAUUACUACGGCUUUAAGAAAGAUGGAGAAUCUUUCAUUUGGAAAAGUAACACUGCAAUGGCAAAAAAAAUAAAAGAAAUGCAGGAAUUCUUUGGGCUGAAGGUGACAGGGAGACCAGAUUCCAGCACUUUGGACCUAGUACAGAAAAGUCGCUGUGGAUUCCCUGAUGUAGCUGGGUUCUCCACCUUUGCAGGAGAGCCAAAAUGGGCAAAACAAGUUCUGACAUACAGGAUAUUAAACUACACACCAGACUUACGCCCAGCAGAUGUCAAUGCAGCAAUCAAGAAAGCAUUCAGCAUUUGGAGCAGUGUGACCCCACUGAAAUUCAUCAAGAAGGACAGAGGUGAUGCAGACAUAAUGAUCUCCUUUGCAACUGGAGGUCACAACGAUUUCAUCCCUUUUGAUGGCCCAGGAGGGUCUGUUGCUCAUGCCUAUGCACCCGGCAAGGACAUUGGUGGAGAUACACACUUUGAUGAGGAUGAAACCUGGACCAAAAGCACAGAAGGCACAAACUUGUUCUAUGUGGCUGCCCAUGAGUUUGGACAUUCACUUGGACUUUUCCAUUCCAAAGACCCCAAUGCUCUAAUGUACCCAGUUUAUAGGAAAUUUGACCCUUCAGUCUUCCCUCUUCAUCAGGAUGAUAUUAAUGGCAUUCAGUCCCUCUAUGGACCUUCUCCUAACACCUCUAAUGACCAAAGAGAUUCUGCUGAAAUAAAGGAUCCAACUGAGUCAAAAGAACCUGUACUGCCAAACUCCUGUGGCCCUGAUUUAACUUUUGAUGCUGUCACCACUUUCCGUGGGGAGAUAAUAUUCUUUAAAGACAAGUUUGAUUGUAUCCAAAGUCUGUGCUAUAUUUACAUCAGGCAUUUUUGGCGCAAGCAUCCUGCAGUCAGAGAAGUUCAUUUUGAUUUGGUAUCUUUAUUCUGGCCACGGCUGCCAUCUGGUGUUGAUGCUGCAUAUGAAAUUCCUGAGGAAGACAAAAUUCUCCUCUUUAAAGGGAAUGAAUUCUGGGUUGUGAGAGGAGAAACCAUACCACCUGGAUGCCCACAAAAACUCUACGCCCUUGGAUUUUCAAAGGAUGUUGCCAAAAUUGAUGCUGCUUUUUAUGACAGAAAUAAGGGGAAAGCAUAUUACUUCACAGAGGACAAAUUUUGGAGUUAUGAUAAAAGAAAUCAGUCCAUGGACAGGAAGCCAAGGCUGAUAAAAGAUGCAUUUCCAGGAAUUAAUGCAAAAGUUGAUGCUGUUUUUCAACAUGAAAACUUCAUUUAUUUCUUUCAAGGAAGAAAGCAACUUGAGUUUGACCCUGAUAAGAAGAGAGUAACACGCCUGCUAAAGACAAACUUCUGGUUUCCUUGUUAAGAAGAGGAAAUCUACAAUGGUGUAGGAAAGAAUGCAGUAUUACUGCACUGUAAACACUAUUUCUUUUGUAAAUAUACGAAACAUAUAGGUGCUCAGACUCAGUCAUCAUACAUCACUCUCAUCACUCUCUGCAUAUUCAUUCUGUGCUUCUGUAAAUAACUGAAAAACAGUAUUUAGCAUACUGAUACAUAUAUAUAUAUAUAUGUACAUAAUUAACAUCAGAAUGGCUAACAUAUUUUUAAAGCCUCUAGUAGCAGGGCUACUCAAAUGGGACACUCCAAUGUGAAUUCAGACCAUGAGCAAGUUUAAUCUGCAUUUCAUCAAAGUCCACAACACAGUAAGACACGCUCGGUCUGCUCAGGACAAAAGAAAUGCCAUUUGUUCCUGCAGCAAACAGUGCAAAUGAUGCUGCCAUACCCUGCUGUAGGGAGGUGACAAACAGGGCUUUGCUGCACUGGCAAUACCGGAGACAAAAUGAUUAAUUUGAGUUACAUCACCUCCAAAAAUAAGAAAUGAAUAGGUCUAAUUGGUGUCUGACAUUGCCAAAGUCAGAGAAACAGGUUCAAAAGUUCUAACUUUAAUGUUAGUUGGAAUUCAAUAAGAAAGCUUUCAGUGACGUCAGCUUGUUCCUUGUUAUUUGACUCACUCUGUUCUUAUUUCAUAUUUCUGUUUUUAAUUCAUGUUUCUGGUGCAGUUUUUUGAGUGGUCCUAUAACCACAAAAUAUUUUAAUGUCUUAAUCAGUCCACAAUCUCAGCUACUAUAGUAAAAGCCAAAAAUAUGUACGGAUGGCUUGGCUCACACUUUAUAGGUUUUUAUUUUCUCAAGGAAUUCUCUGCCUCUGGAUUUCGGUGACUUCCUUCAGCUCUUCCUACUGCUCUUCCUACCUGUGCACUCCAUAGCAUUGCCACUGGGGCUAACUGCAUUAGGUCAUGUUAUUUUAACUGAGAUAAUCGCUUCUGACUCUGAUCUUUUAGAUGUUUUUUGAAAUAUUCUCCUUCAUGUGAGAUUGUAAUUCUGAAAGCAAUGUAGGCCUGUCGUAGAACUGUCAUUACUCUGACUCAACUCUGUCAUGUUCUGACUCUUAGAUACUUCCUAUUUCUUUAUUUUUGAUGAUUUCUGGGACUCUUUCCUCCCUUAUUUCACCUAUUACAUGUGCAGAGGAUCAUGCUAAUUACUGCAUAGGAAAUUGAUAUGUAGCAGAAGUAGAGUUCCACUGAUUCUACUACUAUCUGUCUUAAAAUAAUUUCAGUGUUUGGUUGUUUGGGUUUUUGUUGUUGUUGUUGUUUUUGUGUUGUUUGUUUUUUUCUUUAACUGUUGUUUGGUGUCUUAUUUUUCUUCCCAAUUUUUAGUCUGAAAAGCCCUGGUACUACUGGCAAGUCAGCCUCAUCAUUUUUGUAAAAAUUGAAUUUUUAACCAAAGAUUAUUGACCUACAUUUCAGAUGUUGUACUCUUCAGAGGUAUACUUUGAAACCUGGAUUCAUAGCUGAUACAUUCAUUGUUUGUGGCACACUCAAACCAAGGGCUUCAGUAAAUUUUUUCCUCAAUUUCUUGUGUAUUUCUAAAUGUGCCAGAUUUCUAGCCUGUUUGCAUCAAGAUUGGAUGAAGAUGAAAUUGUCUUCACAAGGAAAAAGAUUAUCAUGUGAUUCUUUCUCCUAUAGAAUUCAGAUCACAAAAAAUGAGUUUAUUUUCUUUAAUAGUGUCUUUUUCUUCAAUGAUUUCAUUUGUUUUUGUUGUCACUGUCUUG